CCGGAACUAUGUCAACAUGAAGGCUCUCCUCACCCUGGGGCUCUUCCUGCUUUCUGUCACUGUCCAGGCCAAGGUCUAUGAACGCUGUGAGUUCGCCAGAACUCUGAAAAGCCAUGGAAUGGAUGGCUACUUGGGAAUCAGCCUGGCAAACUCUUUGCUCCAGGAUGACAUCACUCAAGCCAUACAAUGUGCAAAGACAGUUGUGAAGAGUCCAGAAGAUAUGAAAAUAUGGUCAGCUUGGACAAGACACUGUCAACACAAAGAUGUCUCUGAGUACAUUAAAACUGUGGAGUCAAACCGCCCUGUGCCUCCACCUCAGCUCACCCUGUCUCUUUCUCGCCAUAGAAGUAGUUAUGGGAAAGGUCACAUUUCCUCAGCUUCCCCUCCAGACAAGCAGGCUUUUAUCAGAAACAGGAGCAACAUGGAGACUGUUUCCUAAGAGGCUUAAUGCUGACUAAUGUGUUCGCUGUUUUAUGGAAAGCCUCCAUUUUUCAGUUAGCCAAUGGGACAGAUGCUGGUGACAGUGAUCUAGCAUUGAGUGUCACACACGUCUCUGUACAUCAGCUCUUGACCUAUGAAGUAAUUCACAUUAAGUUUCACCAGAAUUAAUCUUCAUCUCCACCAAGGUUGGAUAGACAUACAGCAGAUAUGUAAGGAGACAGUAGAUCUUGGAUAAAAUGGCAGCUGUGUUAGCUCCCUGGCCUUGUGUGGGCUCAGCACCCAGACAGUAAAGAACAGCCACUGUGUGGGGCAAGGUGGGUUUUUCAGGAUUUAUGGUUAGAACAAGAUUCUGAGUGGAUAGAGUGAGACUUCUCAACUCAGAAACUUGUCAUGAAACAUGUGACUGUAGCCGAAGAUUUCUCUAGUCCUGCCUGGCCCACGGUCAGGACAAAUCUCUCUCACCUGCCAGUUCUGCAGCUGCUCAGACCCAACCGACUAAACACACAGAGACUUAUAUUGUUUACAAACUGUAUGGUCGUGGUAGGCUUCUUGUUAUCUAGUUCUUUUAUCUUAAAUUUACCCAUUUCUACUAAUCUAUGCCAUGGCUUGUGCCUUGCCGGUACUUGACAUCUUGCUCCUCAUCGUGGCAGCUGGCAGCAUCUCCUCCACUCUGCCUUACUCUUCCCCCAGUUUUUCUCUCUGCUAGUCCCACCUAUACUUCCUGCCUGGUUACUGUACAAUCAGUGUUUUAUUUAUCAAUCAAUCACAGCCACAUAUAUUCACAACAUACAGGACAUCCUACAGCAUGUGACCUCUCAGGUAAUAUCUUCUUAGAGCGGGCCCUUUUACACUGCAUAAAAAGUAAAUUCUCGGGCUGGAGAGAUGGCUCAGUGGUUAAGAGCCCUGGUUGCACUUCCAGAGGUCCCGAGUUCAAUUCCCAGCAACCACAACGGUGGCUAUGAGAUCUGGUGCCCUCUUCUGGCCUGCAAGCAUAUAUGUAGGCAGAACACUGUGCAUAAUAAAUAAAUAAAUCUAAAAAAAAAUAAAAGGUAAAUUCUCAACUCACCUGUCAGUCUUUGUUAAGCCUUGAGAGAAUGGCCUCUAGUUGACCACGAAGUAUUCAGGACAGAUUAGUGAUUGUGCUAACUCUUAACUUUCUUAAAGUAGCUCCAUGCAUAUCAACUAACUCUGAGACAAAUGAGCAAAACUAAGCACAU